GGCAAGGCCGGCCCACCUUCCCGCCCACCCAGCCUACUCGCGCUCUGUUUCGCUGGGACUUUUGCCUCAGCGCCGCCUCCCCGGGUUGCCUGGGAGAAGAAGGCGGGGGACUUUGGCACAGCCGCAGCCGCUCUCGCUCGUCGAGGAAGAAGCGGGUGGGUGAAGUAGUACCAUGGCGGCCUCCAGCGGUAGCAGCAGCCGUCGGGCGGAUAACGGCUACGGGGCCAGUAGCCAGCAGCAGGCGGGCUCUCGGCGGCGGAAAGGCCCUGGUCCCUUGGCCACGGCCUACUUGGUCAUUUACAACGUGGUCAUGACAGCCGGAUGGCUUGUUAUAGCGGUUGGCUUAGUCAGAGCAUACCUCACAAAGGGUAGCUACCACAACCUUUACUAUUCAAUAGAAAAGCCUUUGAAAUUCUUCCAAACUGGAGCUUUGCUCGAGAUCCUGCACUGUGCAGUAGGGAUUGUUCCAUCUUCUGUUGUCCUGACUGCUUUCCAGGUGAUGUCAAGAGUUUUUCUCACAUGGGCUGUAACCCAUAGUGUAAAAGAGGUACAAAGUGAAGACAGUGUCCUCCUCUUUGUUGUUGCCUGGACAAUCACAGAGAUCAUCCGUUAUUCCUUUUAUACCUUCAGUUUAUUAAACCACCUCCCUUACCUUAUCAAAUGGGCCAGAUAUACGUUGUUCAUCGUACUGUAUCCAAUGGGAGUUUCAGGAGAAUUGCUCACAAUAUAUGCUGCUCUGCCCUUUGUCAGGCGAUCUAGUUUAUAUUCUAUUAGUUUACCUAACAAGUACAAUUUCUCAUUUGACUACUAUACAUUCCUGAUCCUUACUAUGAUAUCUUAUAUUCCAAUCUUCCCUCAGCUGUAUUUUCAUAUGUUACAUCAGAGAAGAAAAGUGCUUUCCCUUACUGAAGAACACAAGAAAUCUCAGUAACUCCAGAUUUUGUUCACAACUGUGCACAGACUACACACACACCAAGCGAGCUUUAAGAAGUUUAUAAAUAAUACAUAGUGUUAAAAUGAGAAUUUGUCAGAAUAAAAAGUUUGGUAGACUAUUGAAAGUAUCUUUCCGCACUGGUAAUUUAAAAAAAAUUACUCUGUGAAACUUCAUUUUCGGCAUGUCCCAUGAAAACAUGCUUUAUCAGUCUUUUGGUUUACUUUUUAAUUUAUUUGCUAAAACCUUGCAUUAUAACAUGCUUUAUAUUAAUGGUAUGAGUUAUAAAAAUAACUGUGGUGCUUAACUUAGGAUGAUUUUAUUACUUUAAAGGCUUGUUUGCAUGUCUGAUACUUAUGUGCAUUAUUGUAAAGAUAUUAUCUCAAAUGCCUUCAGCUGUUUGUCUAGAACUGCCUUGGGCAGACUAAUGAAGUCCCACAAAAGACUUUUCUGAAUGAUAAUCCUUGCAGUUCAGGGCACAAUCUUAGACAGAGGCCUGCAUUACAAUGAUUGCAGCAGUAGCUCAUUGUGCAAUUUUCACAAGUGAUUUUUUUUCCCAGAGUGGGGCCUUAAAAUAGUGCAGUGUUCCAUUAGAGCAUGUGUUCUAUACGUGCAACUUGAUCUUAUUACCUCAAGCUUGGAUGUUCUGCUGUUCAUGAAUACUCUUUUUUUCCAUACAGUGAAGGUCCAAUUUUACUGAAAUACACAAAAUAUAACUAAUUUGUAACUGACAUUGAUGCUGCUUGAGAACUUUUUUUAUGGCUUUAAAUUAACUGUCCAAAUACAUCGAGUAGCAUUUUGCAAGUUUAAUCAGAAAUAUUUGUCUUUGCUUUUCAGCAUCUAGCAAGUUCUUAAAGAGCCUUUAAUUAAAAUUAGCUUAUUUAAAGUUCAAAAUGUUUAAUUGUGUGCCUAAAGGUGAUGUUAAUGCUAGUAAAUUCAAUUUACUUCAAAGCUUAUUCAGAGAAUGGCUUUUUAUAAUAUGACCCAGCGAUAAAUCACAACCAAACAUUUUUUAUUACAUGAUCUUAGGACACUCUGGGACAAAAUGUCAAUUGUUGUUUGUAUGCUUCUUGUAUCCUAGCUAUAUUGGAAAGACACUAAAACUUUACCUUAAAAUGACCGAGAUUGCCUUUUUUAUUUUUAUUUUUUAAAUUUUUUGAAGAGACCUAAACCUUAAUGUUCAGCUCAACUGGUACCAAAAGAAGAUAAAUGGUUGGUCAUUUUAUUCUUGUGUCAGUGAUACCCUAUAGAAAAGUAACUAGCUUGUUUCAGUGCAAAGUUGUUCGUCUUACCUGCAGGGUAAAUCAUAAAAAUGUAGAUGUUCAUUGUUGAACUUUAUUCCCAUUGAGAAUCUAGCCUGCCUCACAUUUAUUCAAACACACCAAAUCAUUUCACAUUACGUUAUCGCUCUUCCUUUUGCGCUGCUGCUUGGGGGGGGGGUUGACUCAUUUAAUUCCUUUGGCAUUCCUAUUGAUCAUUCACAGUUAAAAUACACUCCUCUUGCAGCCAGCUCUGUUGUUUUCUCCUAUUCUGGUAAACAGUGCCAUUGUGUUGUUCACAAAUAGUUUUCUCAUUGUAAUAUCUCUAACAGCAUAGCAUUAAGCAGCAACCUAAUACUCAAUUAUUAGAGCCUAACUUGUAGAGAAAGUGUGAGGACACAUUCACAUUCUAGUUUUGAAGGGGAACGGGUUGCACAUUAACCCCUUUACUACACAUGUCAUCAAGAAUUCAUCCCAUAUGUGUUGCCCAAAGAACACUCUGCCCUUCUAGGCUGUGAUGAUUGCAAGUUGAAUGUGAGUCCUCAGUUUAAUUCAGCAAGGAAUCUUAGUGUUCCUUAUGUAAGUGAUUUUGCAGAGGAUAUCUUUGUUGUUAUGUGCCUUCAAGUCGAUUACAACUUAUGGCGACCCUAUGAAUCAGUGACCUCCAAGAGCGUCUGUCAGAUCUUGUAAGUUCAGGUCUAUGGCUUCCUUUGUGUAAUCAAUCCAUCUCUUGUUUGGCCUUCCUCUUUUUCUACUCCUUUCUGUUUUUCCCAGCAUUAUUGUCUUUUCUAGUGAAUCAUGUCUUCUCAUGAUGUGUCCAAAAUAUGAUAACCUCAGUUUCAUCAUUUUAGCUUCUAGUGACAGUUCUGGUUUAAUUUGUUCUAAUACCCAAUUAUUUGUCUUUUUCGCAGUCCAUGGUAUGCACAGAGCUCUCCUCCAACACCACUUUUCAAAUGAGUUGAUUUAGGAACAGGUAAAAGCUGUGAUAUAUAUAACUGGAUGAUGUGAUUUCUGUAGUUGCACACAUUAUAAGGGCUUUAGGUACACAAAGAGUGGUACUCUGUCUCUUGUUUGUGCUCAGCAUUCAUCUUUCUGGUAGGGAGAUAAUGAAAACAAACUACAGAAUUCUUUACUGCCUUAGCCAACUGCUGCUGAUGGUCAAGUAAUACCCAUCAGCACAACUCAGUCCUGAUAAAUCAACUUCAAACCUCUGUUGUGGCACUUAAGGGCUGCUUUACAUGGUACAUAGCAUAAAUAUGUUUUAGUUGUGAUGCAUAGCUGCAGCCAGACCUACUUCCCAAACACAUAUACUAUCACAGUGUGUGGCUGAAUACAUACUGUUUCACAUGCACACAUUUAACUUUAACCAAACUUCCUUUCAGGUGAAAAAGUUUCUCAUGUCACUGAGAAUCCCUUGUCUAGUCUAAUCUUGGUGAAUAUUUUUGUAGGAUCAAAUGUGAAGAUAUUUUGUAAGCUGCUUUGAAAGCCUCUCACAGGAUUUAAAAAUAAAUAAAUCUGGCUCUAGAACUUUGUAGGGCAUGGUUUUAUGUUAUUUAUGUGAACUUCUGCCCAAGUGACAUUGCUCUUCCAUAUGAAUGUAUGCUGGUCCAAGUUCCAUCUCUCUAGAGUUCUGAGCAGAAAUAGGUAACAGCAUUUAGAAGCCAGCACAGUUCAUAAACUUCCUUUUUUAUUUUUUAUUUUUUAAAUCUUUUGCAGACACCUUUGAACUUCCAACAAAUGUAGAAAAACCUAAUGAAAUAACAUGAAAUGAUUAUGUCUGGCACAGAGGCUUCUGUGAAGAUUUUACAGAAACCCUUUUCUGUAAAACAAAUGUUAUGUUCUGUUUUCUAAAUGAGUCUAGGUAUAUUUUUCAAGCACUCGCAGGACCAGAGCUUCUUAAUACUUUUGGCUCUCUAGCCCUUCUUUUCCAUUCCACUUAAUUUUAUCAAGAGUUUGCCUGUGUCCCACUUUUACUGUGCUUUCUCAGGAUACAAAGGCCAACAUUAGAGGCCAUUUGAUAUUGGUUACUGGUAAAACUCUACUUUUGAGACUGUUCCUAUCAUGCAUGCAAACCUAUGUCUAGUAAAGCAAGAGAAUAGCCAUCCAGUGCACAUGGUCAAUACAUGCUUUUUGACUCUUAGACUUUUGACAGACAAAACUACUUUUUGGAAUGGGAUAUGAAUUUGUGAUUUUCAGUAUAGCUAUUUCUAUAAAAUGUUGGCUGAAAUUAAAUGUGUGAAUAAGGUGCCCUCCGUAUCACCACAUUGUCAUGACUUUAUCCUACAGUACUACUGUACUGUGCCCAGCCUCAAAGGCAGCCUUUCCCAACCAGUGUGCCUCCAGAUGUUGUUGGACCACAACUCCCAUCUUUCCUGACCAU